AUGCAGAAGGUUACUCUUUGCUCAACAACAGGAGUACGCCUUUUCAUCUUUGGUUGGGUGUUGACCACAAUCACCAACUUCCCUUCUGCUUUCACUCAUACUUCUAUCAAUGCAGCUGUCCUCAAAAUGGAUAAGUAUUUGAAUGAGUCCUAUACCGAUCGUUACCGUCCCCUGGAUCAUCACGAGGUUUCAUUGAUUAAAUCUGGGAUCAAUAGCGUAUGGUACGCUGGCCAAGUGGCUGGGGCACUAAUGAGCCCUUAUGUGUGCGAUAAUUGGGGUAGAAAACGUGAGUUUUCUCAAUUUCGUCUUCAAAAUGUUACUUCUUUUCAUCCAAUAAAGCUAAAUUGGGUCGUUUUAUGA